CUGUCAUGUGAUUUGUGUUUUCGUCGUUCCACUUCCGCCUCAGGAUUAGGCUGUUCUCGUCUUGUCAUCAUGAGAACGUCACUUUGAGAACGCAUUUUCAGGCUAAUAUUUUAUACCAGGUGACCGUUUCUGGUCAUUUUUGCGUGCUUUCUGAACGUUCUUCACCGCAGUCAACUCGCUCUACCUUGCUGAAGAGUCCCGAGCACCGGGAACAGGCAUGGCGGACGAGGAGCGGUCACCGCUUCUGUCCGAGCAGCGCGAAGCUAAUAGUGGCUUCACUGGUGUUGGGAAUUCGCAUGGUUUUCCUUUCAAACCACAGAGUCUCCCUCCAUUCCCGAGCUCCCUUGCUCCGGAUGAGCCUCCACCACCGUAUUCUCCUCAGGGCAGCCCAGACAGCAGCAGUGCUCCGGUCAUCAGCUGCAGGGUUUGUCAGAGCGCCAUUUCUGUGGAGGGAAAGACGCACCAGCACGUGGUGAAGUGCAGUAUCUGCAAUGAAGCCACGCCUAUAAAGAAUGCCCCCACUGGAAAGAAGUAUGUCCGCUGUCCGUGCAACUGUCUGCUCAUCUGCAAAGUCACGUCACAGAGAAUCGCCUGUCCCAGGCCGUACUGUAAACGCAUCAUUAACCUGGGACCAGUUCACAUCGGCAGGGACAGUCCUGAACCACAGCAUCAGCCUGUUGGCGUCAGAGUCAUCUGUGGACACUGCUCUAAUAUAUUCCUGUGGACAGAGUUUUCAGACCGGACUUUGGCUCGAUGUCCCCACUGUAGGAAAGUCUCUUCUAUUGGUCGACGGUACCCCAGGAGGAGGAGCCUGCUGUGUUUCCUGCUCUUCAUGGUCCUGGCUGCCUCCACUGCAGGGCUGUUGGUGGGAACCUGGAAACCUGCUCAGACGUCGAAAGGAAUCUACGCCGCUUGGGUUUUCCUGAUCUUCCUCUCUCUCCUCACUCUGAUACGAACCCUCUACUGGAGGUGUCUGAAAAUAAGUGAGCCCAUAAACAACAUCACAUGAGGACAGGGGAGAGCAGGAGAAGGAUUAACAUUACAUAUGUUCAAUGAGGAGAAGGAUUGUAAGGACUGGACAGGAGGAGCAGACAGAAACCACACAGUUUGUCUUUGUUUUUCUUGAAACUGUUUUUUUCUCAAAAAUCUCCAAACCGUUGAUCAUUUUCCCUCUGAAAGUCCUUGAAAGUAUGCCCAUAUAUUGUAUGACAAGAAGGACGUUAACUUUGAUGAUUUAAAAUGUGCGGCGUUCAGGAUGUCAUUUUUUUUUUAAAUCUACUGAAAAAUAACAUGAGCUAAUUUUUCUGUCUGGCAUUAACAACGUCACUGGGUGAUUUAUUUAUUUGUCAAAGCUUAUGUGUAAAUAAAGUGUAAAUAAGACAAGUGGAUGUUCAGAGAUUGUACAUAAGGAUAAUACUCUAAUACAUGAUGCAUUUGUACUGACCUCUGUCACCUGUAGGUGGCGCUCAUGUAUGUGGAACAGAUUAAAUAAUGAAUUAAUUUUAACAAACCCUC